AUGGUUGCAGUAAUCAGGGAUGACAGUGGUUCAGUAAAAGGUGGAACUGCAAGAAAAAUCAGGGCAAGCUCAGCUCACACGAUAACAAAUCUAAUGAAGACAGGGAAUCUUCAGUUAAGCUGGAGCACGAAUCCGCCUUACCAGAAGAUACCAAACAAGUUCACUAGCAAAUAUGGUGGUGGUGUGAAAAAUCCAGUGUACCUGAAGCCUCCAGAUGGCACUCAAUGGAAAGUACGUCGGACUCAGCAUGAUUAUCAGAUUUUAUUUGAAAAGGGUUGGAAAGAGUUUGCUGCUUAUUACUCUCUUGAUCAUGGCCACUUGUUGCAGUUUGAGUACAAUGGAACUUCUUGUUUUGAGAGGCUCUCCAGGGGAUUAAACAUCAGAUGA